AAUAUAACUUGAUGCCUCCAUUUUAUAUUUGAUUAUUCAGCUCUUUCAAUACAGGCGAUCCUGUGAAGAUGGCCAUGGCUACUGUUCCUGAUGGCCUUUCUCCUCAGCAAACUCUUGACGAAUUGUCAAAAAGGCUUAUAGCUUUGUUACCCAGGCUUUCAGAUUUGUCAGACAUUAUACCGAAGGAAACACUCAUCUGGAAGCUUGAGCUUCUUAAAUCAGCAAGUUCAUAUGUCACUUCUCGUCUGCAUGCAAUAAAAGCAGAAGUUCUAGUACUUGCCAGAUCAUUCUAGCAAAUUUGAAGCUAAACAUAAGUUGAAACGAACAAACAAAUCCGAAUCUAACCGAACACGAAAAUGCUAUUCACGAGACAUUUCAAAGACGAGCUAAUUCCGAAGAAAAAAAAAUCAAAAGAGCUGAACAAAAAAAAAAAAGCACUUGGCCUGCUCAAA